CCCCCCCUUGGCAGGCCAGAAAGAGACACAAGGAAGAAGCUGCACAGAGACAGAAGGACAGUGGGCUUGACAAACUGAGGAAGAGGAAGAGUGAGAGUGAGAGAGCAGGGGACAGACACUGAGGACAGAGCAGGACUUGCCUCAUCUCCACGAGCCGAGGGAUGGCCGGUGUCCGUGCUGCGUGCUGCGUGUUUGUGCUGGCCGUGUGGGCGCUGUGUCUGCCGGACACAGGGGGAGCCGCACGGCCCAGCAGGCGGAGACAGCAGGAGAGCCCCAUCGACAAGAUCGCCGUCCAGGAGGACUUCAACCUGGACCAGAUGUCUGGGAAGUGGUUCCUGAUCGGUGUGGCGUCGGAGUGCGAGUCUCUCCGACAGAGUAACGCGGUGCUGGAGGGCACCACCAUAACCCUGAAAGUGCCCCCCAAGUCUCCCCAGACCUCCGCCAAGUCCCUCCUGUCCGUGAGCACACUGAGAAAGCUGGAUCUGCAGUGCUGGGACAUUCGCCAGGAGUACCAUCUCACCCCAACCAAGGGCCGGUUCCUCCUCAAAGGCCCCGGGACAUCCAAUAACAUCGACAUUGUGGUCGCCAAGACAGACUACAGAGGCUACGCCAUCCUGUAUUACCAGAAGCGGGGCAAGAUCACCAUCAAGCUGUACGGGCGGUCGACAGAGAUCCCAGAAGACAUCCUCAACAUGUAUGAGGAUUUAGCCCAAGACCAAAAGAUCAGCAUCGACUCAGUUUAUUACUUCCCCAAAUACGGCUUUUGCGAGUCGGCGGACGAAUUCCACAUCCUGCGUUUGUGAAUGUGGAAUGCCGGCAGCGCCGAUGGACUUCCCGACAUGAGCUCAAAAGUCCAAACGAAAAUGAAGAGUUUUUUUACGGCAACCCUCAGCUUCAACUUCUUUCUUGUUGUUUUUAUUAGGCUACAAAACACCACAUAGACAGAAAGACAAAUGUGGCCGCUAUUUUCUAUUACAGUAGCGGCGCUAGCUGCAGUCUCAGCUCCUCUCCGCUGGGGUCUUUCCUUGGACAGACCACCUAGCUUGCGUUCCUCUGCCUGCCAGGUUAUGUCAAAGCCCGCCGUGCUGCUCAGGAAUUCUGUUUACCCUAUAAAGAGCUGACAGCACAACAGUCUGUUUUAUUAUCUCCGGCUUGCUAAAUCAUGAGAGCUUUUUCAGCAGCAGAACGUCCUGGAGGGCGGUGUUUUGUCCUGUUGGUGAGGUUGUUUUUUUAGUGCCUGCGCUCGCAAGCGCGCGUGUGUGUGUAUUAAAAAGUCACAACUGGGAAAAAAAAAAAAAACCAGAAUGAUUUGAUUUUGUCAAACAGUUGCGUUUCUCAACUCAUACCCCUUGUUAUUUUUGACCGCGGGAUAAAAAUACAUCAUCUUUAAAUGAU